UUUGAAAAGAAGGCCCCAAUAGAAAAUUCGACCUCUUCUAAUAAAAUUUCUCAAAAUGGUGAUGUCCUGCUACACAAAAAAGAGUGGACAGAUGUACAUGAUAAGUUUCCACAUAACUCUUCCCCAAAAGAAGACGACGAAAAAGAAGAAAAUAUGAUCGAACAAAUUCGAAAUGAUAAUUUGGAUUCGCCUGAACAAAAACAUUCGAAUCGAGAAGCUCCAAAUAAAACACUCGAAGAAUCAAAUGAAACUAGUGAUGAAGUUGAAUCAGAAAACGGUCGCGAUAAUUUAUUGAUUGAGCAGCAGCAACAAUUUUUAAAUCAAUUAAGUAUACAAGAUGAAAAAGAAAAGGAGGAACGACAGCUCUUAAAGGAUAACGAAGAGAUAAGGAGAUUCCACAUAGGUGGUAAUUCUCCUCCACUAUCCCCUACUGCAAAGAAUCCUAAAUAUUCUUCUGCGCAUUCUAUCAUUAAUGCAGCUAAUGGGGUGACUAGUCUUUUUGCUAAUGCUGCAAUAAAUCCUGAGCCGAGGAAACUUCCUGUAGAACCAAAUUCUAAAUGGUUAUAUCGUGAUCCAACUGGCAAUAUACAAGGUCCAUUCACUAGUCAAGAGAUGAAUGAUUGGUAUAAAGGUGGUUUCUUCAGAACUAAUUUGUUGGUUAAAAGAGUUGAAGACCAGACAUUUGAACCAUUAGGUACAUUAAUUAGAAAAACUUGUUGCAUCCAUGCUUUUCAUUUAGUAAAAUGA